AUGCCCGAGUUCGUCAACGUUCCCACUUAUACCAAAGAAUUUCACCACGAGCCCUACGAGGCAAUCUCCCCUACUCGUCCUGAGCUGUCGACCAAGGGGAAGAAUGUUAUCGUCACUGGCGGAGGAGGAGAGAUUGGAGCGGCCAUUGCUCUGACUUUCGCCCAGUCUGGCGCUUCAAGCAUCGCCCUUUUGGGACGUACCGAGGCGACUCUGCUGAAGACCAAGCAAGCCAUCGACUCAAAAUAUCCCGAGACCGCUGUCCACAUCAUCACGGCCGACGUCGCUGACGAGGCAUCUGUCACAGCUGCUCUCAGCAAGUUUGCGUCUGUUGCGGGCAAGAAGCUUGACAUUCUUGUUGCUAACGCUGCGGUUCUGCCUGAUCCGGGAACGCUGCUGGGAACCGAAUCAUCUCUGUGGUGGUCCGGAUUCGAGAUCAACGUCAGGGGGCAGUUCAAUCUCGUCCGAGCGUUUGUGCCUCUGGCUGAGAAGAAUGCAACUGUCAUCAACGUGACGUCUUCAGUCGCACAAUUCCCCUUUGUUCCCGGGUCCAGCAGCUACCACGGAUCCAAGCUGGCGGGCGUCAAGAUUUUCGAUUAUCUGCAUUUCGAGAAUCCCGAUUUGAGGGUCCUGCAGUUCCACCCCGGCGUGGUGCAGAGCAGCAUGUCGCAGAAGUCGUUUGAUACUGGCAUCCCACGGCCUGUCAUGGAUUCCCCUUUCUUGCCUGGCGCUUUUGCCGUUUGGUGUGCCAGCGCUGAAUCGGAGAGCCUGCGAGGCAAGUUUUUGUGGGCAAACUGGGACGUGGAGGAGCUCAAGGACAAGGUCAAGACAUUUGAAGGCGCUCCGCAGCUGUCAUUUGGCCUCCUUGGCUGGCCGUAA